GGAGAUGGGAGUGAUAGGGUGGGGUGGUAGGCGGAGGCUGGCUGAUAGAGGAGGAGCCUCCUUCAGAGCCUUCAGCUGAGCAGCCAUGGCCUCUGGCAGCACUUGGCUCCCUGUCAACACUCUGAUGCUCAAGGUCAGCUUCUUCCUCUGCUCCCAGGCUCUCAGACACCCCAGCUCCCCCUGGCCCCUCAGAAGGACAGUUGGGGACUCUGUCCAGCUGCAGCUGAACACCUCUUUGUCCUCCAACAUCAGAGAUAUUGAGUGGGUUUGGGUUCCUGAAUAUUCUAAACUUCCAGUGUCUGUAGUGUCUGUAGUGUGGAGACCACCCUCCCUUGAUGCUAACUGGUAUAGACUUGAAGAAAAAUACAGGCAGAGACUCAACCUGACAAAGACGGCUUCCCUGAGCAUCAGGAAUCUCACUGUGGACAUGAGUGGACUAUACACGGCAAGAAUCAAAUUCCACACAGGAGAAAACCAGGAGGAAGCCUUUCGGCUCUCUGUGUAUGAGCCUACACCUCAGCCCCGGAUUCUUAUUCAUUCAUCCUACCUCUCAUCAGACUGGUGCAAUGUCAGCCUGGAGUGUGGAGUCCCAGGGCCCAGGAAGCACCUGACAGUGGCCUGGGAGAGCAAGGGCCUCUCCAGGGAGCUGGAGCAGCAGGGAGGCAGCAGUCUAAGCCUGAGCCUGCCCCUGAUCCAGAGCCAGAGCAAGGUCAGCCUCACCUGUGUGCUCAGCAGCCCUGUGGGCCAGAAGAAAGACACCCUGCACCUGGGGAGCAUCUGUGCACAGAAUGAAUCUCUUACUAGCAAAUGGCUUUGGAGCGGCAUCCUCCUGGUGGUCCUGCUGGUGAUCCUGGUGGCCGCAGUGUGGACCUUCAUUGAGAGGCAGAAGAGCAGGAGAGGCAAGUGCUGGGGAGAGUCUUGGGGGGUGGAGUUUGCUGGGGAAGAAGCCAAGGCUAGAGGGGACCCCAAGAAGAAGACCAUACAGUAGACACACACUGGCUCAUUGCCUUCUCCUGUGAGACACCUGGCAGAAAGCGGGAAAUAACAGUGCUGAGGGGGGGGGACCUCCAUGUGUGCUCCCAAAUGAAGGUGGUGAACGAGGCACCAGGACCAAGCACACAGCCCCAGGCCAGUGGGAGGUGGGGAGUUCAGUCCCACAUGUUCACACUGUCUCUGUACACAGGUGGGCCCACUCUCCGUCCGGUGGUGCUAGGUUCAGAAGCUGCCCCCAAGCCUCACACCCGAGUAGAGGCCACUGACAUACAGGUGGGCAACAACCACAGCCAGGACUCUACCUACUCAGAGAUCAGUCUUCCAAAACACCCUGAGGCCUACAUGGAGAAGGGCAGACCUGCGCACUAUCCUGAAAGCGUUACCAUCUACGAGAAGAUUCGGCUAAGCCCAGAGCCCACAGGGAUGCUUAAAGGCACCAGGACCAGGACAGUGGAGCCGGGAGGGGCCUUGUAAGGUCUGCCCCUGCACCCCACCCUCCAGUCCUGGGUCCCCAGAUUCGCUUCAAGUAGAACUGCAACUCCACCCCCAUGGAAGGAUCUGAAUAAGGACACAGAACUUACUCAGGGAACACAGCUGCUUUCCCACAUAGGGAGGGUUUGGGGGUCCCUUCAGGAUGCCCCAGUCCAGCUCACUGCCCAGGAAGAGCAAGAAGGAAAAGACAAAGAGGUCUGCAGCUCAGGAGGUGGCACAGUGGAUAAAAUGUUAUGCCAUCAAGCAUAAGGUCCUAAGUUUGAUCCCCAGUAUCGCAUGUUGGUCAGAGUGAUGUUGUGGUUCUCUCUCUCUCUCUCUCUCUCUCUCUCUCUCUCUCUCUCUCUCUCUCUCCCUCUCUCUCUCUACCAUAUAUAAAUCCUGCAGACACUAGCUUUAAGCAGCUGUGCUACAGAGGGGAGUGAUGAAAAGGAAGAAACUAUUUAGAACUCCAUCACCUACUAGGUUUCAUUCUAAACAAAUGUUCUAACUCAAGGCUUCUCCAAAUCCACCUCAAAGACUCUUCGACUUGUAUUACAUGAUUCAUGUGUAUGUAUCAGAGCUCCGGUGGCACAAUUGGUUAGCACAAGGCAACUCAUUUGAGCUUGUGUAUGAUGCAAAACUCAAAAGGCCUGUCUGGUAGCAAUUUUAGUAUUUCAUCAUUUCUUUUUUAGGACUUUUUAUACUCUCUUAUUAAAGUUUUUUCACUUUUUUUAUUUUGGAUCGAAACAAAAAUAAACUGAAAGAGAGAGAGAGAGAGGGAAGGAGAGAGACACCUGAAGCACUGAGCCACUGCUUAUGAAGCUUCCUCCUUGUGGGGAUGGGGCAGAGGAGCUUGAACCCAGGUCCUUGCACAUGGUAAUGUGUGUGCCCUACUGGAUGCCCCACCAUGCAGCCCCUGUUGCAUAAUUUUUUUUGCUGUUGUAAAUGGGGAUUUCUUCCCAAGACAUCUUCUUGCCAGUUAAUCAUCACUGAACACAUAUCCAGUCAUGUAUUAUUAUUAUUAUUAUUAUUAAUUUUUAACCAGAGCACUGCUCAGCUCUGGUUCUUGGUAGUGCUGGGGAUUGAACCUGGGACUUUGGAGCCUCCGGCAUAAUAGUCUUUUUGCAUAACCAUUAUGCUAUCUACCCCUGCCCCCGCCCAGUCAUGUUUCUAAAUGUGUCUACUAUUUGAAAACAUUAUCAUUUGAUCACUUUGGGUUUCUGGUUUAAUAACCAUAUUGUGAGAAAAAAAAUUGUAAGGUUUGAUUAUUUCUUUCCAAGGCUUAUGCCUUAUUCUUUAGUCUAACUGCAUGGACUGAUAAAGGUUUUCUCACUAAACAAAAAAAAAAUCCUACUUAAGUAUAAUUUGGUUCAUGAUUUAGGGAUGGCAGUAUCUCAUUAUAUAUCACUAUUAAUUUACAUAGAAACAGUUAUUAGUUUUCCAAGAUCCUUAAAUUAGCCUACCAAGCCAUACCAUAAAAGAACUUUCUACUUUCAGGUAGAAGAAACUUGUACUUUUCAAACCAUGAUAAAUAAUGAUAAGAUAAAGUGCAUCCUAUUCUACUCCUAACUAUUUUUGGUUACUUUAUUUUAAUUCUUUUGUUAACUUCAAUUUUAAUUAUUUACUUUAUUUGAUAAGACAGAGAGGAAUUGAGAGAGGAUGAGGUAAUAGAGAGGGAGAGAGGGAGAGAAACACCUGCAGCACUGCUCCACCACCUGUGACACUUUCCCAUUGCAGGUGGGUUGUCCCAAACUUUCAUGAGAUGCUUCUAAUGUUUUUCCAGUAAACAUUAUACCUUCAUGGUCAGUGUAUAUAUUUUUAUUGCAUUAAAUGAGUAAGUAUUUAUUCUAAGUAUGUUACAAGUACUAACAAGAAUAAAGUUUUAAGUUUAUUGUUUCCCUUUUAGCAUCUCUGAAGCCAUCACAUGACAUUUCUCUUCUCCACCAUUAACUAAUACAUUAAUAAUGAACUAGUAUUGGACUGCUUUUGCACUGUGAAAAUGAAUCCCAAUUGGCAUAUAUUGUUAUCUUACUGUGCUGUAAACAUUAAUUUAUAUUAAUAUAUAUUGUUGUUUUACUGUGCUACAAGCCUAAUACUAUGCUUGCUGAAAUCAUUGUGUUAUUAUUAAAAAAUUAAAUUUUUCUA